UGUCGUACAUUGCAACUCAGUCACCCGCUGGGUUCGUGGCGCAAAAAUCUCCAGUGUUGUCGAGCAUCCGGGACGGCAGACAUCUGGAUAAGCGUUUGCCAUAGGCAUCUCGACCAACGUGGUACUGAACUGUGCUCGGUUACACAUGGUGGCGGCCUUAUGGACGUGUCCAGCCUGUCUCGGGACGUCCAGAGUGCUCCAUGGUUGGAUCGUAGACUUGGGGGCAGAGAGGUCGAGUCAUUUGGUGAUAACCGAAACGCGGCGCAACUUGGUUCCUCGCUUUCGAGGAGUUGGCAGUUCAUAAUGGAGUGCCCGCCUACCAAGUACUCAAUGUUCUCGCACCAGUUUUUCGUGCCCGGGUCCAGGGAGAGCUUGGGGCUGCGUCGGUCAUGCGCGACCUUCAUGGAUCUACCGCGUACGCCACGUAUCUCGGACGAGCUGCAUCCUCGUGGCGAGACUUUCUGCUGUGCCAAGGCGUCGCCGCGAGAAAUUCGCCAGUCGCGUGACUCGUUCCUGAGCUCAGUUUCGACGACUUCGUCGUCAAGGAUAUCGUCGCCACUACCGCAGGAUAUUCGAAUUCAGGGCUGGAUGUACUGGGCCCGUCAUGAGGACAGCACCGCUCUCGAAGCCGAACGGUACACGAAGGUAUACGCAGUGCUACGCAACGAGUUCCUCUUGCUCUACCGCAACAACCAACGUCCGUCGAAGCAGGUUCGACCGCAGCCACUGGUGCAAAUCGCAGUGGCCAGCUCAUGGCGCGGCGUGGACGGCGUGCUGCACGUCGAGGACCCGUACGGCGAAAAGAUGGAGCUGCAUCUGUACGAACGCCAAGACUUUGAGAUGUCUCGACGGUGGGGUGACGCUCUGGAACAGGCUUCGGAGCUCACUCACUCGCACUUUUCCAACUUCGACGUCAAGGUCGAAGACUUGUCCCGUGGUAGUGUUUACCGCGGUACACUCCACGAUUUUCGUUUGGGGCGUGAAAGCUCCAUCCGCAGAUCUGUGACGCAGAUCAAGAAGUUCAAGAGCUGGGACUCACUGCGUAAAUUCAUCCCGAAUCGGAUAUCAAGUCGCAUGAAAUAUUCCCGAUCUUCAUCACAAAAUUGAGAGUACUUCGUAUUUAUCAACUAAGUCUCCAACAUUCCAUGGGAAGAGUGUUUUGACGACUUGUAAAUAAAUUUACUUUACAUGACAAUGCA